UGGAAAUGGUGAAAUGAAAUGAUAAACAGAAUUUUCCUAGAAACAAAGAGGACACAAAGUUAAUGGGAGCGUUAUUUCUUUGUUCCUUUGAAAAAGAGUGGCUCUAAUUUCAAAACUAAAACAAUCAAUAACACUGGCCAAAUUUGAGGAAAACAAUGCAAGAACACAUGCUGGUGUAUCAGCCAAUCCAAUACUCUAUUUCAAAGUAAAUGAAAGAAACACCUAAAGGAUUAUAGCAGUAGGCAAUAGCAGAACCCCGAGGCAAGAGUGGUGGUGGAGUGGUUGAAAGAUCUUUAUAUUUUUUUUGUUUAAUUUUCUUUGUUCUUGCUUGUCAGCAAAGAAAGUAGUACUAAAUAGCAUCAAUAGAGUAAUUGAAAAUAUUAGCUGUUUUGUGUUAAGUUCAAGAUAAGAAUCAAUUUAGAUAGAGAGACCCAAUGCAAAACCAAGAGAGGUUUGGGAUUUGAUGCAAAAUUUUGCCAAUGCCGAUGUCGAGGCAACUCUUCACCACCACCCACCACCGCCACCUCCACCACCAUCAUCUCUUUCUCCUUAUUCUUACACUUCUGUCAUCUUUCUCUACACCAAAUAAUGAAGUCGAUGUACUGCUUUCUUGGCUACACAGCUCUUCUUCUUCCCCACCCUCUUCCGCUUUCUCUAACUGGAAUCAUCUGGACUCGAACCCCUGUAAAUGGUCUCAUAUUACUUGUUCUUCUAGUAACUUUGUUAUUGAAAUCGAUUUUCAAUCUGUUGAUAUUGCCCUUCCUUUCCCUUCCAAUCUUUCCUCUCUUAUCUACCUUGAAAAACUCAUUCUUUCUGGUGUUAAUCUCACUGGAACGAUCCCUCCUGAUAUUGGGGACUGCACUAAACUUACACUGCUUGAUGUUAGCUCUAAUAGUCUAGUGGGUACCAUUCCUCCAAGUAUUGGAAAUCUAAAAAAUCUCCAAGACUUGAUUUUGAACUCUAACCAGAUUACUGGAGAAAUACCAGUUGAGAUUGGCAAUUGCACCAAUCUCAAGAAUCUUAUCAUAUACGAUAAUUAUUUGAGUGGGAAGCUUCCGAUUGAAUUAGGCAGAUUAUCGGAUUUGGAGGUUGUAAGAGCAGGAGGGAACAAGAACAUUGAAGGAAAGAUUCCUGAUGAGCUUGGUGAUUGUAAGAAUUUGCAAGUGCUGGGAUUAGCUGAUACUAAAAUUUCUGGUUCGAUACCUGCAUCACUUGGGAACCUAAACAAUCUUCAGACACUAUCUGUUUACACUACAAUGCUGUCUGGUGUGAUCCCGCCGCAGUUAGGCAACUGCUCAGAGCUUGUCGACUUAUUUCUCUACGAAAAUGAUCUUUCAGGUUCACUGCCGCCAGAGUUGGGAAAACUUCAGAAACUGGAGAAAAUGUUGCUAUGGCAGAAUAAUUUUGAUGGGACCAUUCCUGAAGAAAUUGGCAACUGUAAAAGCUUGAAGAUUAUUGAUCUCUCUUUGAAUCUUUUCUCUGGGAUUAUACCUCCGUCAUUUGGAAAUCUCUCAACUCUUGAAGAGCUUAUGCUUAGUAACAAUAAUAUCUCUGGUUCAAUUCCACCUGUCCUUUCAAAUGCUACAAACCUGUUGCAGUUGCAGCUUGAUACUAACCAGAUUUCAGGUUCAAUUCCAGCAGAGCUUGGUAAGUUGACACAGCUAACAGUCUUCUUUGCCUGGCAGAAUAAACUUGAAGGAAGUAUUCCUGCACAGUUAGCUGGUUGCAGGAGCCUUGAAGCUUUAGAUUUGUCACACAAUGUACUUACUGGUAGCUUACCACCUGGCCUAUUUCAGCUUCAGAAUCUAACAAAGCUUCUCUUAAUAUCUAAUGACAUUUCUGGUUCAAUUCCUCACGAGAUUGGUAAUUGCAGCUCUCUUGUUCGGCUCAGGCUCAUAAAUAACAAAAUUAGUGGAAAUAUUCCUAAAGAAAUCGGAUUCCUCAAAGACCUUAGUUUCCUUGACUUGUCCGAUAAUCAUCUUAGCGGCAUGGUGCCAGCAGAAAUUGGCAACUGCAACGAGCUGCAGAUGCUGAACCUAAGUAACAAUACCCUUCAAGGUACUUUGCCUAGCUCUUUAUCUUCUCUGACAAGGCUUGAGGUGUUGGAUCUUUCUCUGAAUCGAUUUGUAGGUGAAAUACCAUUUGAUUUUGGUAAACUUAUCUCACUAAAUAGACUCAUUCUAAGUAAAAACUCUCUCUCUGGAGCAAUUCCUUCCUCUCUUGGCCAUUGUUCAAGUCUACAGCUGCUUGAUCUUAGCAGCAAUGAACUUUCAGGCAUCAUUCCAGUAGAAAUGUUUGAUAUUGAAGGUCUUGACAUUGCUUUGAAUUUGAGUUGGAAUGCACUAUCUGGGAUGAUUCCACUGCAGAUCUCUGCUCUGAACAAGUUAUCCAUACUUGACCUUUCACAUAACAAGCUUGGAGGAGACUUACUUGCACUUGCUGAGCUCGAAAAUAUUGUUUCGCUGAACAUCUCCUACAAUAAUUUCACUGGCUAUCUUCCAGACAGCAAGCUCUUUCGACAGUUAUCAGCAGCAGAAUUGGCAGGAAAUCAGGGAUUGUGUUCUAGGGGACGUGAGUCAUGUUUCUUAAGCAAUGGCACAAUGACGAGCAAGUCAAAUAAUAACUUCAAGCGAUCAAAGAGAUUUAACCUUGCCAUUGCAUCGCUUGUCACCUUAACUAUAGCAAUGGCAAUUUUUGGGGCUAUUGCAGUUUUGAGAGCUCGAAAGUUGACAAGAGAUGAUUGUGAAUCAGAGAUGGGGGGGGAUUCAUGGCCUUGGAAAUUCACUCCAUUUCAGAAGCUGAACUUUUCAGUAGAACAAGUCCUAAAAUGCUUAGUGGAAGCCAAUGUGAUUGGAAAGGGAUGUUCGGGAAUUGUGUAUCGUGCUGAACUAGAAAAUGGGGAAGUCAUUGCAGUGAAAAAGUUGUGGCCGGCAGCAAUAGCUGCAGGAAAUGAUUGCCAAAAUGACAGAAUAGGAGUUGGCGGAGUUCGUGAUUCCUUUUCAGCUGAGGUAAAAACUCUCGGCUCUAUACGUCACAAGAACAUUGUUAGGUUCUUGGGUUGCUGUUGGAAUAGACAUACAAGAUUGCUUAUGUAUGACUACAUGCCUAAUGGAAGUUUAGGCAGUCUUCUUCAUGAAAGAAGUGGUGGUUGCUUGGAAUGGGAAGUGAGAUAUAAAAUUGUCUUAGAGGCAGCACAAGGUCUUGCUUACUUGCACCAUGAUUGUGUUCCUCCAAUUGUUCAUAGGGAUAUCAAGGCCAAUAACAUUCUCAUUGGCCCUGAAUUUGAACCUUAUAUUGCUGAUUUUGGACUUGCUAAGCUUGUUGAUGAUGGAGACUUUGCUCGCUCUUCUGCCACUGUUGCUGGUUCCUAUGGUUACAUUGCUCCAGAGUAUGGAUACAUGAUGAAGAUAACAGAAAAGAGUGAUGUGUAUAGCUACGGUGUGGUGGUAUUGGAAGUACUAACAGGGAAGCAGCCAAUCGAUCCAACCAUACCAGAUGGGCUGCACAUUGUAGAUUGGAUAAGGCAGAAGAGAGGAAGGAAUGAAGUUCUUGAUCCAUGUUUACGGGCACGGCCAGAAUCUGAGAUUGCAGAGAUGUUGCAGACAAUAGGAGUAGCUUUGCUGUGUGUAAAUCCAUGUCCUGAUGAUAGGCCUACCAUGAAAGAUGUCUCAGCAAUGCUCAAGGAGAUAAGGCAGGAAAGGGAAGAGUGCUUGAAAGUUGACAUGCUUCUUAAUGGGUCUUCAGCAAAUAAUCCAGCAGUCAUGAUGCAACAUUCAUAUCCUCAAAGCAAUAAUUCAAGCUUUUCUGAAUCUUCUUUCUUACAAUCUUCUUCAUCCAUGGCCAAGCCGACAUUCAAAUAGGCACCAGAAAUUAUUUUUUUCUUGUCUUGUAGUUUGUUAAUUAGAUAAAUGGAUUUUUUUUGGUUCAGAACUAUAUGGUUGAUUUCCUAAAAGAGCAAAGAAAUCCCAUAAUAUUACUAGCCAGUCAUCCUUGCACUACAAUGAAUCAGAAGGCAAAAAGUCCUUGUAUGUGUAGAUUUGUUUAGGUUAAUCAAUUAAAACUUCAAAUCUUUCAAUUCAUU